UGUCUUAUUCUACGCCAAGCUCUGACCUAUAUAUUAAUAUAUAUAUGUAUUAUUAAUAUAUAUAUAUAUAUAUAUAUAUGAUAUGUAUGAAAUAUAGCCUUACUUUCCAUCUCUCUCGAGCUUUGGCAUGGUUUGCCUUUUUAUCUGUACGUACAGUAAAUGCAAGUAGGUGUUGCAGCUGUGGAGUGGUGCGGGGUGAAAUGAGCGCCGGAGCUUACGGUAGCAAAUUCCACAAAAGACGUCAGCAUCGCGCCCUCUGCUUGGCCUCCUUUCCUCCCCAUUCGCGUGCCCUCCUUUUGCGCGCACUGUCAGAUCUCUCUCUCCCUCUCUGUCUGUCUGUGUGUUGUCUCAACUUUAUCGCGCUCUGUAGUCUAGUCUAAUCUCUCAUUUCUCGGUCCUCUGCUCUCUUUGCACUGUGCUCCGUGCUCCCUGUCCCUCUCGCUCUAGGCUGGGAUUUUUCUCUCUCUAGGGUUUGUGUGUUAGCAUUUCUCUAAAUUCCUUCCUUGUUUUUAAGUUCCGUCUCUGUUUCAUCAACCAGGAGAUGCGUCGAAGAAGAAGCUCGGUCCUGGGUUUUUAAGCGAAAUGAGUGCUAAUACUUACAUCUUUUGAAAAACUUUUAGAUACAUUAUGAGGAGCUUAAGUUCGAGGCAAUGGGCAGUGGCGUUUGCAUCUGGAAAUGAAGGAGAGACAGCGUUGGAGAGCUGAAGAGGACGCUUUGUUACGUUCCUAUGUCAAACAAUAUGGCCCUAGGGAGUGGAAUCUUGUGUCACAGCGCAUGGACACACCCUUAAACAGGGAUGCCAAAUCCUGCUUAGAAAGGUGGAAGAACUACCUCAAACCUGGAAUAAAGAAGGGAUCCCUCACUGAGGAGGAGCAGCGUCUUGUUAUCCGUCUUCAAGCAAAACAUGGCAACAAAUGGAAGAAAAUUGCAGCUGAAGUCCCGGGUCGUACUGCUAAGAGACUAGGCAAGUGGUGGGAAGUGUUUAAAGAGAAGCAGCAGAGAGAGCAAAAGGAGAACAAUAAGGCAGUUGAACCCAUUGAGGACAGCAAAUACAAUAGGAUCCUGGAGACUUUUGCAGAAAAGUUAGUGAAAGAGCGUGCUGCCCCAGCAUAUCUCAUGGCCACUUCCAAUGGCAGUUUUCUACAUACUGACCCACCUGCUCCUGCACCAGCAUUGUUACCUCCAUGGCUUUCUAAUUCCAAUGGCACCUCCACAGUCAGGUCACCUUCCCCUUCUGUAACCCUCAGCCUCUCUCCCUCAACAGUUGCUGCCCCUCCACCGAUCCCAUGGUUGCAGCCUGAUAGAGGACCGGAUAGCACUCUCGUUUUCUCGAAUUUGCCGCCUCAAGCGUCGGUCCCUGUUUGUGGAGAGAGCAUGUUGAUAUCAGAAUUAACAGACUGUUGCAGAGAUUUGGAAGAAGGACACCGUGCUUGGGCAGCACAUAAGAAGGAAGCAGCUUGGAGGUUAAGAAGGGUAGAGCUGCAACUGGAAUCAGAGAAAGCAUGCCGGAGGAGGGAAAAGAUGGAAGAGAUCGAGGCAAAGGUGAAGGCUCUCAGGGAAGAGCAGAAGGUUGCUAUGGAUAGAAUUGAAGCAGAAUACCGGGAACAAUUAGCCGGACUGAGGAGGGAUGCAGAAGCCAAGGAGCAGAAGUUGGCUGAACAAUGGGCUGCAAAGCACUUGCGUCUUUCCAAAUUUCUUGAGCAGAUGGGCUGCAGACCAAGGCUUGCAGAGCCUAAUGGCCGAUGAGGAAGAUCUAUAUGCACAACACAAUGGGGUUGGUUGUAACAUGUUUAUCUGAAUCGUCGUAUGCUUACCUUGUUUGCUUGAUCAUGUGUCCAUUCUGCUCUGAUAUUCUAUUAUAUGGGUAAUACGCGUCUUUAUCUUGCACUGUCUAUUUAUUGGCUGGACCGACUGAAUGAAUUUAAGGCAGCAUUUGCUGAACCUGGGUUACUUUGCAUUUUCCUUUUUCUUUUUAGCUGUACAUUAUAAUUAUAUUCUCAUUGUUGCUUUU